CGCCGCCACUGCCGGCCGCUCGCGGACUCGGGCCGAACGGGGAAGGCGCCAGGCAGGACCGCUUGCUCGCUGCGCAGGACGGCGCCCUCCUGGCGCCACUUCCCGCCCACCGUGCGAACCGGCGGGGCCGAGCCUUCUUCCCUCCCCGCCGCCGUCCCCGGCCGGAGCCGCUUCUGCCUGGUCCUGCCGAGAGGAGGGCAAAGUUGCGGGCGGAUGCUGCCCGCGCCGGACCCCUGCCUCGGAAAGUCGGAUCCGCCCCCGCGGGAGGAGGCUCGGUGGCGGGGACCAGGUGUCCCCCACCUGAACGACGAGCCAGGUCCUGAGUGAUGGCCCCAAGCUGAGUGCCCAUGGCCCCACACUUCCCCAUGGAGAAAGGACUCACUUUGCCCCAGGACUGCCGACACUUUCUGCACAGCCUGAGAAUGAGGAGCAAAUAUGCCCUUUUCCUGGCUUUUGUGGUGGUGGUUUUUGUCUUCAUUGAAAAGGAAAAUAAAAUCAUAUCAAGGGUCUCGGACAAACUGAAGCAGAUCCCCCAAUCCCUGGUAGAUGCCAAUAGCACCGACCCAGCCCUAGCCUUGGCCGAGAACGCAUCCCUCCUGUCCCUGAGUGAGCUGGAUUCGGCCUUCACGCAGCUGCAGAGCCGCCUGCGAAACCUCAGUCUGCAGCUGGGCGUGGCGCCGGCAGAGGAGGCUGAGGAGGAGACCGCAGAGUGGGAGCAGGGGCAGCAGCAGGAGUCCCGCCCACCCGCCGAGGCCCCGCCCCGGCGCCACUUGCUCCUCAUGGCCACCACCCGCACGGGCUCCUCGUUUGUGGGCGAGUUCUUCAAUCAGCAGGGCAACAUCUUCUACCUCUUCGAGCCGCUGUGGCACAUCGAGCGCACGGUGUCCUUCGAGCAGGGCGGCGCCAACGCCGCGGGCUCGGCCCUGGUAUACCGCGACGUGCUCAAGCAGCUCUUCCUGUGCGACCUGUACCUCCUGGAGCAUUUCAUCAUCCCGGCACCCGAGGACCACCUGACCCAGUUCGUGUUCCGCCGGGGCUCCAGCCGCUCCCUCUGCGAGGACCCCGUCUGCACGCCCCUCGUCAAGAAGGUCUUCGAGAAGUACCCCUGCAAGAACCGCCGCUGCGGCCUCCUCAACAUGACGCUGGCCGCCGAGGCCUGCCGCCGCAAGGAGCACAUGGCAAUCAAGGCCGUCCGCAUACGGCAGCUGGAGUUCCUGCAGCCGCUGGCCGAGGACCCCCGCCUGGACCUCCGCGUCAUCCAGCUGGUGCGCGACCCCCGCGCUGUGCUAGCCUCCCGCAUGGUGGCCUUCGCCGACAAGUACGAGACCUGGAAGAAGUGGCUGGCCAAGGGACAGGACCAGCUGAGGGAGGAGGAGGUGCAGCGGCUGAAGGGCAACUGUGAGAGCAUCCGCCAGUCCGCUGAGCUGGGCCUGAGGCAGCCGGCCUGGCUGCGGGGCCGCUACAUGCUGGUGCGCUACGAGGACGUGGCCCUUAGGCCACUGCAGAAGGCCCAGGAGAUGUACCGCUUUGCAGGCAUUCCCCUGACCCCGCAGGUGGAGGACUGGAUCCAGAAGAACACCCAGGCGGCGCACGACGGCAUCUACUCCACUCAGAAGAACUCCUCGGAGCAGUUUGAGAAGUGGCGCUUCAGCAUGCCCUUCAAGCUAGCGCAGGUGGUCCAGGCUGCCUGCGGCCCCGCCAUGCGCCUCUUCGGCUACAAGCCUGUGCAGGACGCCGCCUCACUCUCCAACCGCUCCGUCAGCCUGCUGGAGGAGCGCGGCACCUUCUGGGUCACGUAGGGGACCCGGGGCGUUGAGCACCCCUCCUGGUGAAAGUCCCGCCUUGCCUGCCUCACCCAGGCCAGCUGGGAGACUGCAGCGCCGCCGCAGGGGUGGGCAGGAAGACGUGCAGGGCGUAGGUGGCGCCUGCGCUGUAGAAGUAGGCCCCCAGCCCGCUCGCUUCCCCGCAAUAGCUGUGGGCCUGGAGCUUCCCGCUGAGAACAGGACAGUGGCCGGUCCUUUUGAGGGCUGUCAAACCCAGAACUAAGGGGCUGUGGUCUCCUGAGCAGGCCCAGGCAGGCCCGAGCCUAUGGACAAGCCUUUCUCUCCUCUCCCUCCCUCUCUCUCUCCCUCUCUGUCUCUCUCUCUCUCUCUCUCUCUCUCACACACACACACACACACACACACACA